AUGUCGAGUGGAAAGAAAGGCCGAGGUCGCCAAAAGAUCGAAAUGAAAAAGAUGAGCAACGAGAGCAACCUACAAGUGACUUUCUCAAAGCGUCGUAGCGGACUCUUCAAGAAAGCCAGUGAGCUUUGCACCCUUUGUGGUGCAGAUGCUGCUCUCGUUGUAUUCUCACCUAGUGGAAAGGUAUUUUCCUUUGGUCACCCCAAUCUUGAUACGGUCAUAGACCGCUAUCUUUCUCUUGUACCACCACAAAACAACGGCACCAUGCAACUCAUUGAGGCUCACCGCAAUGCCAACGUUCGUGAACUCAAUGCUCAGAUGACUCAAAUCAACAACACGUUGGAUGCCGAGAAGAAGAUUGGCGAUGAGCUGAGCCAUUUUCUCAAGGAAACAGAGGCUAAUUUUUGGUGGGCUUGUCCGGUUGAUGGAAUGAAUAAAGAUCAACUUGAAUUAUUCAAAAAGGCAUUGGAGGAGCUUAAGAAACUUCUAAUUCAACAUGCUACAACUCGAACUCUUCCAUUUUUUGUUGGCAAUGCUUCUUCCUCGAACGUUUAUCUCCAUCAUCAGCCAAAUGCUCAACAAGCUGAAAUGUUGCCACCACAAUUUUUUCAAAACCCUAUGUUGCAAUUGCAGCCUCAUUUGUUUGAUGGAUCAAUGAUGCCUCACCAUGGCUUCAAUAAUAUGGUGUAA